AUGGGAUAUGCAGAUAAAAGUGUCACUUUACACUUUGAUAUGUCUAGUGGAUGGACCGGCUGUCAAGUUAUAGAAAAAGUGAAAAAUGCAGAUUUCACUGAAGAAGCGGCAGCCCUCCGUGAUACUUCUUGUAAGCUGACAAUGUGGGACUGUCAUGAUGAGUGCCGCUAUCACUGUAUGUGGCGCAUGGUUAAUGUGUUUAAUGAGAAUGGGUACAACUUGCCCAAGUUUCAUGGAAAAUGGCCGUUCAAGCGUAUCAUGUGUCUACAAGAGCCAACAUCUGUUUUUGCAUCAUUCCUUAACUUGGCGAGUACCAUGUACAUGCAUAAAGAAAUCUGGAUGAGAUUUAGAGUUUCAGAGGCUCCUAUGGUGCCGUUCUGGCAUAUUUUCAUCAUGGUGUGUGAGGUGGCAUGGGUAUGGUCGAUGAUAUUCCAUGCGAGAGACACGCUGCUUACAGAGUUCAUGGACUACUCCCUCGCACUGGCCAUGGUCAUGAUGCUGUUUAUAUCAGCCGUUGUAAGAUUACUACACGAGCACCGGCUGCUGAGGGUAGUCCUGGUGCUGCCUCUAGUGUCCUACUACGUCGCUCACGUGGUCUAUCUUCACGAGGGACACUUCGACUACGACUACAACAUGAAAGUUAACGUAUUCUUUGGUGUGUCUGCCGGCCUGCUGUGGUCAGGGUGGUGCUGGUAUCAAUACCGUCGUGGUCUCAGUUACCCCUGGAGGCUGCUUCUGUUCUGCGUGUGGUCAGGGUCUGCUCUCACUCUGGAGCUGGUCGAUGGACCUCCUCUCCUCGGCUGGGACACACACGCCCUGUGGCAUCUCACCACGGCGCCGCUGCCGCUACUGUUCUACAAGUUUGUGAUCGACGACGUAAAACAUUUGCAAGUCAAGCAAAAGGAAAGAGAGAUCAAGACUCUUUAA